GAUCACUAGUGAUUGCAUAAUGAUAAUUGCUUGAAUGAGUUGCCUUUUGAUAAGACUUAUCUCAGUGCCGCUUUUUAAAGAAACUAUAUAAGAUCACACCGGUAGUAAGGGUCAGUCGUUGAAAUUGUUUAUAUUAGAAUAAGCGGCAUUUAACUUAGGGUAAAUAUUUUAAUAAUUUAAACGUUUAUAGUACAGAAUGGCGCAAGUUUUCAAAGUCAUUUCCAGAGGAAUGGCUACAAGUUCAGCAAUGAGGUCUUCUAUAAACCAUGUGACAAUAGUUGGAGGAGGUCUGAUGGGUUCUGGAAUUGCUCAGGUGGCAGCACAAAGUGGGCAUAAAGUCACAUUAGUUGAUGUCAAAGAAGAUAUAAUUAAGAAGGCAGAGGAAAGUAUAGCAGCAAGUUUAAAAAGAGUAGCUAAAAAAGUACACAAGGAUGACCCUGGGAAAGCUGAAGAAUUUUUAAAAACUAUACUGGCAAAUAUAUCUUAUUCAGUGGAUCUUCAGAAGUCAGUUAAGUCUACUGAUCUGGUUGUGGAAGCAAUUGUAGAAAAUAUGAAAGCAAAACACACGUUGUUCACAAGUAUAGACUCAGUUGCUCCAGAACAUACUGUUUUUGCUUCUAAUACCUCUUCAUUAAGUAUUGGUGAAAUCGCUUCAGUAAGCAAGCGGAAAGAUAGGUUUGGUGGUCUUCACUUCUUCAAUCCAGUUCCUGUCAUGAAAUUAUUAGAAGUAAUCAAAAUAGAUGAAACUUCAGAGGAGACCUAUCAAAAGCUGAUGAAUUGGGGUAAAGCCAUUGGAAAGACUUGUAUAACUUGUAAAGACACACCUGGCUUUGUGGUUAAUAGAUUACUGGUACCUCAAUUUAUAGAAGCUAUAAGAAUGUUGGAAAGAGGUUGGCAUGAAAAAUUCCCUGAGGUAGAACUUUUUAAGCCAGUGGAAACUUUGAACAAGCUUGUUUCAGAAGGAAAAUUGGGCCGUAAGACUGGCGAGGGCUUUUAUAAAUACAAUACACCAAAAUAAUGUAAAUAAAGUUUGUACCAAUUUUUAUAUUUGUUAAUUAAAAAUUAAUAUAUUUUAUUUUUUUUAAAAAAAAC